AUGACUCAACAACGUGAGGAUAUUCCAAAUGAGGCUCACUUGGUGAGAUUUAUGUUUUACAAAUUAGAAGAGCAAAUGAAUCCGAUUGUUUUUAGAUUAUGCAAAGAGUGGUGGAAGGUUGAUUGCGUAUUGCCCAAGAUGAUUGCAAGAGCAUUGUUUUUGAUUGUUCAGCAAGGAAAUGAGAGUGAAGACUGUCAUCAAUCUGUCGAUUUUCAUGUAGAUAUGGAGCUGGAUCAGUUAAUGCUGCAUUGUAGACAUAUUGUUGAUUUUAUCGGCAAAAACUUGGAUUGUGAAGAUGAGCAGAGUUUCAAAGAGUGCUUACGCAGACUUUCCAUAGUUGUGGCCAAUCGAAAAUGGUCACUCAUGAUGAAACAGGCUGUUUUAUUGAUAUACCUGACAUGUCUUUGUGAUCGAUAUGUGAAUGAGGGUGUGAAUUAUCCAGAACGCUAUCCGUAUUUUGUGUAUAGAAACGAAUUAUAUCAUCUCAUGCAUGAAGCAGAGUUAAUACCAGAGAAUAUGGUCACGGAAAUAUCCAAAUGCACUUGCUUCCAUAGCAACUCGAUGUAUCAAGAGAAUAUUGAUUCGAAAGAUAAUUAUACUGAUAACUUCAUGGUCUCUAUCUUAUCAACUCUCGAAAACGAGAAUUUAGAGAAAGCAGAAAUUUCAAUUGUAUCAUGGAUGCAGUUCAUGUAUAGUCAAAAAAUUAAUUUUGCUCCACAAUUAAGACAAUUAAGUUUUUCAUUUAGAGAUCAGCAACCUUUUGGAGAUUGUCAAGAAUUGAACAUUUUUGAGUUAUUUAUUAAUCAAUUAAUUUUUAAUAAGAAAGAUCAAAAGUAUGAUUGGAGUUUAUUACCGAGCCACUGUCGUCCCAAUCCAGAAAUUGUUCAUCUACUCUCAGAAUUUGAUAAUGAUCCUCAAUGUGUUAAUUCUCUUUCAUUUAGAGCGAAAUGGCAUUAUUUCCUGCAAGGAAAGCCCUCCUUAUUUCAAUAUGUGAAUUCUAAUGAAAUAGGAAACCCCUCAUUAGACUACGAAUUGGAGGUGACCAUUUAUAAUAUUUUGGCAUGUGCCGAAUAUUUCUUUGGCAUUACUUUGGAAAAAUUCAAACCUGUAAAGAAGUUCAUGAAUUUUGACACCUACCUUGAAAUUAGAAAAUCAAAAGUUGGUGAAAAUAUUCAACUCUCUGAAAAGGACGUGGAAAUUAUCAAACAAAGCAAACUUAGAUUUUGCCAAGAGAGAGGAAAUAAGAAAGAAAAGAAGUGGUUGGAGCAAUCACUAGUUGAGUUGGGCCAACAAUUAAGCACACCUGAACACCUCAUCGAGUUUACUUGGGAUAAGUCCACUGCGAACCACAACAAAACGCGCAUGAAAUACAUUGAGACGAAUUCCGCCACUAGUUUCGAAAUUGUCUGUGACCAAUAUGGAGCUCAUGUUGCUACCUAUUUUCCAGCAAGAAAGAAUCAAAUGUUUCAGCACUUCUUUCACACCACAGAAAUGAAUUCACCAACAUUAAAGGGCACAAUGCUAUCUAAGAAAUAA